AUGUCAAACUCAGGAGCCCGAGCGAGGGCCUCCAGAGCCAAUGGGUCAAACGGCGUGUCCCGGAGCCCACCCAGGCGAGCGGACCCCAACGCGGCCCCCACCCUGCGCUCGCGGGUCCUCGGGCUGCUGCAGACCCUGCGCCUCUCUGUGGAGCUCGUGGUGGCCCUGGCUGCCCUGCUCUGCUGGAUCACUGUGGGAGUGGUCAUGUUCGACUUUGUAGAAUACAAAACUGUACCUGACAUUCAGCAAAUUGUCAGUGACCCUGUCCAAGCAGUAACCGACGCUGUGGACGAAGUAACAAGUCUAAUUAAUAAAUUCCAAGAAUGUGCGCCUGACUUAAGUGACCCGAUGGCAGCGGCCACUUAUGCAGCCGAGGAAAUAGCACACGCCAAAGAUGGAUUUGUACAAUAUUUCUCAGAUGAGGAGGGAGUCUUCUAUCUGAGUUACGUGGACCCUGUGGUGAUUGGGCGUCGAGCGUUCCACACCGCAGAUGAGUUCAUGAGUGAGGUGGGGGACACUGUCCAGGAGAGACUGUGUGCUGUGGCGGACUACGUAGCGGACACAGUACUGGACAUACACAAAGGAAAACUGGACAUAAGUUAUUUAGACCCGGUGGUGAUAGGCCGAGGAGCCUUCACUGCGACUAAUGACUUCAUAUCUGGUGUCAUGGCCAACAUCCAGGGGGCGCUCUGUUCCAUCGUAGACUCUCUUCUGGACGUGGUCAAAGGAACUACAGACGUUAGUUUUAUAGACCCUGUGGUGAUCGGGCGGAGUGCAUUCACCGUUACCAAUGACGCUGUGGAUGGAGUGGUGGGUUACAUUCAGGAUAAGCUGUGUUUCAUAGUAGACUGCAUUCUGGACAUCACUAAAGGAACCAUCGACCUGAGCUUUAUGGACCCUGUGGUCAUUGGAAGAAGCGCCUUCACCGUCACCAAUGAGUUUGUGAGCGGAAUCACAUCAAACAUCCAGCGAGUCCUCUGCUCUGUCCUGGACAUUAUUCUGGACACUGUUGGAGGUGUGAUGGAAGCUGUGGGAUUCAGUCCCUUGUCAGUUCUGAGGACGACAGCCGACGUCACCAAAGAACAAAUGAGCUCGCUCGGUGACUACAUCUCCACGACCUUCAUGGGUGAACAAGGGAUCCUGCCUGACGUCUCUCUGGAGCCCAUGAAGGUGGUGGAAGAGGCUGUGUUGGAAGCUUCAGAAACCAAAAACGCUUUCGUGGCUUAUCUGUCCAGCAUGUUGGAGGAAAAGAAGGAAGAACUGCCAGCAGACAUAGUGGAAGCGCCUCAAGAAAAGCAAGAAGAAGUAACAACAACUGAAGAAGAAAUAACUACCAAAGAGGAGGAGGAGGAGGAGGAGGAAGAGGAAAUAACUACUAAAGAGGAGGAGGAGGAGAAGGAAGAGGAGGAAGAGGAGAAAAUAACAUCUGAGGAGGAGAAGGAAAUUGAACCUGCCAUCACUCCUGAAGAAAUUGAGGAGGAUGAAGCUGUUGUGAAAGCUGAUACAGUAGAAACAUCACCUGUGGAGGAAGAGGAGGAGGAAGAGGAGGCUGUAGCUGUAGAGGAGGAGGAAGAGGAGGUGGAGGCAGAGGCAGUAAAGGUUGACAUUGUUGAACCAUCACCAGUGGAAGAGGAGGAGGAAGAGGAAGAAGAGGCCGUGAAGGUUGAAACUGCAGAGCCACCAGCUGCUGAGGAGGAAGAGGAGGAGGAAGAGGGCGAGGAAGCAGAGCCAUCACCUGUGGAAGUGGAGGAAAAGGAACUGGAGGAGGAGGCAGUGAGGGUUGAGGCAAUGGAACCAUUACUUGCUGAGGAGGAGGAGGAAGAGGAGGAGGCAGAAGCAGAGAAGCCUUUAGCUGUUGAAGAAGAGGAAGAGGAGGAGGAAGAAGAACCAUCACUUGCAGAGGAGGAGGAGGAAGAAGAUGAAGAGGCAGUUAAGGUUGACACUGUGACGCCACCACCUGCAGAAGAGGAGGAGAAAGAGGAUGAGGAAGAGGGUGAAGAAGAGGCAGUAAAGGUUGACGCUGUGGAACCACCCUCUGCUGAGGAGGAGGAGGAACCAUCUGCUGAACCUGCAGUGGAACAUGUUUUAGCUGUAAAGCCCCAGAACAUCAGCGAGGAAGCAGAGGAAGAGAAGGAGGAAGAGGCAGCUCCAGUCCUGGCAGCCGUGGAGCAGGAGGACUUCUCAGACACCGUGGACGACCACGACGAAAACAACAACAACAGCGAGAAGCUUAAGACCGAACCAGGGAGGAAAAGGAGGCUGCACAUCCUCUCCCACAGGCGACGAAGAGACGCUCGCAAAGAAAGACCUGUGGAGGGGAAACCUGACAAAGAUGAAGAGGUUUCCGAAAAAGAACCCGAAUCUAAGAAAUCUUUGAGGAAGAAAGAAGCUAAAGAAAAAGAGGCCAUAUCCCUUAAAUUAGAAAAAGAAAAGAAACCAUCCAAAAGGAAACUAGCCAAAAAGGAGAAGGAACAUCUGAAGGAGACUCCCCCAACUCCUGAGGAACCCAAAGAAGAACCUACAAAUAAAACCAUAAUUGAGAAAGCCCCAAAAGAAAAGCCAGUAAAGGAGGACAAGAGGCGUUCUAGAAAGAUCAGCCUAAUAAGGAAACUUUUGAAACAUAAGGAACAGCCCAAAGAAGAGAAAGAAAAGAAGCCUUCAAAAACAAAGGAGGUGGAGAAAGAAGACCUCAAACUUCAUAAAGAGGAAAAGCCAGAGAAAAGGGAACCAGCUGAAACAAAAGCAAUUAAGAAAGAAGAGGCAGAAAAGGAAGAACCAUCUCCACCCAAAACACCGGUAAAGGAACCCUCAAAGGACAAAAAGGAGAAGAAGAGGGAUCUAAAAGAAGACAAAUUAGUUACCAAAGAGAAAAAAGAAAAGGCUGACAAGAUAAAAUCCAAAGAAGAGGCGGAAGACAAAGUCAAGCUCAAAGAACCAAAAGAACCCAAGAGACUUCCAAAAGAAGACAAGAAAAAAGAAAAGGAACCUCCCAAAGAUAAGAAACAACUCAAAGAAAGGAAGGCCAAAGCAGAGCCUCUCGUCAAAGAAAAGGAGGAGAAGAAACCUAUUAAAAAAGAACCAAAAGAGGUUAAGAAAUCCAAAGAGCCCAAACAAGAAGAAAAGGAACCAAAGAAGAUUCCCAAAGAGUUCAAAAACAUAACCACUCCUGCAGCAGAAGUGGUGGAAAAGAAAGCACCAGAAGUGAAGGAGGAAAAAAUACCAAAGGAAUCUCUCAAAGUGCCAAAGAUGGAAAAGAUGAAACCUAAAGAAAAGAAAGAAGCAAAGGAGCCUCUCAAGGUCAAGGAAAAGAAAGAGAAGGACAUCAAACUCUCCAAAAAGAAGGUUGACGACAAGCUUCCUAAAACAAAAGAGCCUUCAAUAGAUGAGAAGAAGGUAACACCUGUCAAAGAGAAGAAAGAAUCCAAGGAGCCUCCAAAAGAAAUCCAUCCUCCAACAAAAGAGAUGAAGAAACCCAAAGAAAAGAAGGAAAAGGAUAUCAAAGUAUCCAAAGAGGAAAAACCCAAAAAGAAGCCUGAAAAAGAGGCUACUGAAGAAGUAACGCCUCCUAAAGAGAAGGCCCCAAAAGAGAAGAAACCUUCUGUAGAAGAGGUGACACCAUCCAAAGAAGAAGAAAAGAAACUCAAAGAAAAGAAAGACGUGAAGGAAGCUCCUAAGGUCAAAGAGGCCAAGAAGGAGAAAGCUUUUAAAGACAUCAAGCCUCAGAAAAUGAAACCUAAAGAGAAGAAAGAAACCAAAGAGCCCACAAAGAAACCCAUGAGAGAGGUUGUGGUGGAACUUCCGAAAGACCUCAAACUAGACAAGAAGGUACCUGAAGAAAAGAUCAAAGCAAAGGAAGAGGCUCCUAAAGAUGUUUCCAAAGAACCAAAAGAAAAGAAACACGAAAAGGAGAUACCCAAGGAGAAGAAAAAGGCAGAAGAACCUUCUAAAAUUGAGAAAGAAGAAGUUCCAAAACCCAAAGAAAAAGGACUUCGCAGACAUAAGAAGAUAGCUGAGGAGAAACCCAAAGAGAAGAAAAUUGAGGAACCUUCCAAAGUUCAAAAGGAACAGCCUCCUAAAAAUGUCACAGAGGAAACAAAGAAGCCCCAAGAAAAGAAAGUCCUUAUAAAAGAGAAGAAACUGGAAAAAGAGAAACCUAAGGAGGAGAAAAAAGUUGAGGAACCUUCUAAAGUUGUGAAAGAAGAAGUUCCAAAACCCAAAGAAAAGGGACUUCGCAGACACAAGAAGAUAGCUGAGGAGAAACCCAAAGAGAAAAAAGUUGAAGAACUUCCUAAAGCUGAAAAGAAACAAACUCUUAAAAAUGUUACAGAGGAAACAAAGAAACCCCAAGAAAAGAAAGUCCUUCUAAAAGAGAAGAAACUGGAAAAAGAGAAACCCAAGGAGGAGAAAAAAGUUGAGGAACCUCCUAAAAUUGUGAAAGAAGAAGUUCCAAAACCCAAAGAAAAGGGACUUCGCAGACACAAGAAGAUAGCUGAGGAGAAACCCAAAGAGAAAAAAGUUGAAGAACUUCCUAAAGCUGAAAAGAAACAACCUCUUAAAAAUGUUACAGAGGAAACAAAGAAACCCCAAGAAAAGAAAGUCCUUAUAAAAGAGAAGAAACUGGAAAAAGAGAAACCCAAGGAGGAGAAAAAAGUUGAGGAACCUCCUAAAAUUGUGAAAGAAGAAGUUCCAAAACCCAAAGAAAAGGGACUUCGCAGACACAAGAAGAUAGUUGAGGAGAAACCCAAAGAGAAAAAAGUUGAGGAACUUCCUAAAGCUGAGAAGAAACAACCUCUUAAAAAUGUUACAGAGGAAACAACGAAACCUAAAGAAAAGAAAGUCCUUCUAAAAGAGAAGGAAAAGAAGAUACCCAAAGAGGAGAGGGCAGCAAAGGAAGAGCCUCCAAAAGAAACCAAGGAGAAGAAGGAAAAACCUCUAAAAGUUGCAAAAGCAGAACCCUCUAAAGAUGUCAAAGAAGAAAUCAAGAAACCCAAAGAAAAGAAGGAUAAAAAGGAGGAAAAGCCACUUCCAAAAGAGGACAAACCUGAGAAGAAACCAGUGGCAGAUAAGGAGGUGAAGGUUUCUGAAGACAAAAAAGCCAAGGAGCCUUCCAAAGAUAUUAAAGAAGUUCCAAAACCCAAAGAAAAGGGACUUCGCAGACAUAAGAAGAUAGUUGAUGAGAAACCCAAAGAGAAGAAAGCUGAGGAACCUUCCAAAGUUCAAAAAGAACAGCCUCUUAAAAAUGUCACUGAGGAAAUAAAGAAACCUCAAGAAAAGAAAGAGAAGAAAUUGGAAAAAGAAAAACCCAAGGAAGAGAAAAAGAAAAAAGUGGAAGAACCUACAAAAGCUGAUAAGAAACCUGUCAAAGAAGAGAAAGAAAAGAAACCAAAAGAUGACAAAGAAGUAAAGAAGGUUCCAAAAGAAAUUCCCAAAGACAAAAAAGUGGGAAAGAAGGAACCUACUAAAGAAAAGAAAGAGGACAAGAAACACAAAGAGAAAGAAGUCCCCAAAGAACCUUCCAAAGAGGAGAAGAAAAAAGUCAAGGAAAUUGCACCUCCUAAAGAUGAACCGAAGGAGGAAAAGGUGAAGAAAUCCCCAAAAGAAAAGAAAGAAAAGGAACCAACCAAGGACAAAAAGGAAAUCCCAGCAGAAAUCAAAGAGGUGCCCAAAGAAAAGAAAGAGAAAAAAGAAAUGAAGAUCAUCCCAUCUGUGGAGCUAAAAGAGAAGAAGGUCUCCAAAGAAAAGGUAAAAGAACCAAAAGAAGAGAAACCACCCAAAGAAGAGAAAGAAGUGAAGAAACCUACCAAGGAAAAGGCGAAGGAAGACGAGAAGGAGCCCAAAAAGACUAAAGAUGUUCCACGGCAUAGGACAGUUCGUAGAAUCCAGGUAGUCAAGAAGGAAGUUGCGUCCGUGGUGAAGAAGGAACAUCUGAACGUCACAAAAACAGAGGUCAAAGCUCCCAAAGACAAAGUAAAAGCCGCCCCUGUGAAGCCUGAACCUGUUUCCAAAAAGACCAAAGUAGCCCCAGUAGUUAAAGAAGCUGAAGCUCCUGCCAAAAACGAGUCUCUAUUCAAAGAAAAAGUGAAGAUACAGCCGAUAAAGAAAGUGCUGGUGAGACCAAAAGAGAAAAUCAGAGCGGUACUCAGACACAAAGCACCUGUUUCCAAAGUCAAACGGCCAUUAGCUGUUCACAAGAAAGAAGCUGAAAUCAAACCUUUGUCCAUCAGAGAAGCGUUAAAGGGAGAGCCCAGGCCUGUCCGCAUGAGGAAAGAAGUGGAGGAUCUUAAAGAGAAGGAGAAAGCUCCAGUAAAGAAAGAUCACGUGAAGCGUCUAUUAGCUGAUCUGAGAAGAGAAAAACUAAUAGAGAAAAAGAAGUCCAAGGAGGAGAAAGAAGAGAAGGUUCUCAAAGAAAAAGCUGAGCCCGUAAAGAAAGCUCCUAAAGAAGAACCUAAAGCUUCAGCACCAGAGAGCAUCACAGUGGAAGAGGAUCUGCCCUACUUCCAGUGCUUCUUUGUGGACGAGGACGAGGCCCAGUUCCCGUUCUACUCCUUCUCCCCGCUGGUGUUCUGAGCGACCCAGGGGACUUCCUGUCAUGUGACUGGGGCAGAGGAGGGUCUGAGGGGCUAAGAGGCUGGAGCUCUGAGCUGCCUCACCUCUCCUGUUUGGUGGAGCUCUCUCACACAUACAGAUAGUGUUGUUCUCUCUGUUUAACUGUCUGUCUCAAAUGAGGUGCUCUUAUCUAUAUGGAACCAGUGCACUUUGUCACAUUACAACAUUAUUGAAACAAGUGCUAGUGUGAUGCACAGGACAGACUUGAGUAUCUGAUUACUACUUGAAAAGUACGUGUAUACCACGUUUGUCUAUUUCCAUAUCAGGGUUUUAUUUUUUUUGUUGUUUUCAGCACUCAUUUGUACCUGUUUGUUUCGAAGGGAACAGCCAUGCCUUGUAUUUGAGAGCUCCCAAACAUACCUGACGAGUCUUAUGCGUGUGCACCCUGUGGCCUCUGGGGCAGGCACAGAGCUGUGCUGUGGUGCUGUGGAGCUCAGCUCAAGCAUUCACUACAUGAUGUUUUAUUGAGUCACUUAGAAACAUGUGGCAAACAGCCACUCUGCUCUGCAUUCUAAUGUGGCCCUUUGUGCAGCCGGACACUGACACAAUGUGAGUCUGAGCUGUUACAAACAGUGAAAGCAUAGAGCUGGAUCACAGCACUAUUGUUUAUGAGAGUGCAAAAAGACAUUUAGGAAAUGAUGAAACUAUAUGGACCAAUAUGAGCAGUAUGAGCUAGCCCUCUGCUCGUCCAAUAGUACAGAAGAAAACAUGUAAACAAACUCUAUAACUAUUUAUGAAACAAACUCAAACGCACUGUUCUCGUGCACUGGCCACUGUUGUGUUCACACAAACACAUGAUUGAUUUAACAGUGCACUCAUAGUGCAUACUGUACAUUUGAUUUAAUUUUUUUGUAUUUGAAAUGAUUUGUAUUUUCUCCAUGAGUGUUGUGUUUAAUAUUUAUUGAGGACCUAUGUGCAAUAGUCUGCUGCACACUUUAUUUAAGCAGUUAUUGCCAGUUCCAUUUGUAAACAUGAGUUUGUUGGAGAUUGAUCAUCAAAUACAUAGGCCCUCCCUCCCAUUGUCAGGAGCAGGAGUGACAGUAUAGGGGUCUGGUAUUUCACAGGACAGGACCAGUCUGAGACAGAGGCUCUGCUGCAGGUCAGAGCAGCACAGAGCCAGUACAUCCCAUAAUACUCUCUAUGGACCCUGACCUGAGGAAACCAGACUGCUAUACUUUAGUCUAUUAGAUGAUCUCUGCUGUUUCAGCAGCACAGUUUGGGGUGUGGUAGUAGUUAAUUUUAGAUUUAUAUUAGUAUUAAUGUGUAAUUGGCCUCACAUCUCGUAUUUAUAAGUGAUUCAAGUGAACUCCUGAUAACAGGAGUCAAACCAGGUCAAAGAGAUCUCAAUGUUAAAUCCACAGUCUAACAGGGUAUGUGCAGUCUAUUGUAUCAGAGCAGAGCACAGUAUGUUUGAGUGCAUGCAUGAGUCUUUAAAUAUGUCACACAGUUCUGUCAGUAUCAGACGCCUGCUCUAAAUUGGCUCUUCUGUUCCAUUCUAAUCAUUGAUAUCAUGUUCAAAUUCGAUUAAAAUCAGAAAUGUG